CCUUUGGACAAGAAAACCGACACUUCCAUUUCUCUCUCUACUUUCUCUCUCUUCCUGUCUGAGAACAAAUGGCCGCCGAAGUAAGCUCGCUCGUGCGAGUUCUUACAAGCUACAACAAAGCGGCGGCCGGAAACGAUUCCGGCACCGAGAAAUUAACGACUUUGAUCACCCGAGACUUACUCAGCGGCGGCGAGUCUCAAGAAUUGGACCUCGACCUCCAUGUUCCUUCCGGCUGGGAAAAAAGGCUGGACUUGAAGUCAGGAAAAAUGUUCAUUCAAAGAUGCAAUGUUCAAGAUUUCAACAACAACAAUCAUCAAAUGAAUCAAACAGUACCAAAGCUUCAAGAUUUGAACUUUCCACCGUCGCCGCCCAAUUACCCAAAAUUCCGUUUCUCAACCCAUUUAAUGGACGAAACCAAUUUGGAUUUGAAAUUAGUUUCAUCGCCGUCGCAGUCGCCGUCGCAGAGGACUAAUUAUCAGAGCGUUUGUACCUUAGACAAGGUCAAAUCGGCGUUAGAACGAGCCGAGAGAAAUCCCAUCAGAAAACGGUCGUCACUCUGGAAAUCAUCGCCGUCGGUGUCGCCGUCGCCGUCUUAUUCCUCCUCCUCGUCGUCAGCAGCUGGAAAGGAGUUUCAAGAAGAACCCAACUUGAAACAUUUGUCGUCAACGCCGAUUGUCGCCGGCUGCCCUGGUUGUUUGUCCUACGUGUUGGUGAUGAAGAACAAUCCGACAUGCCCACGGUGUAGCUCCGUCGUACCGUUGCCGGCGGCGAAGAAACCUCGUAUUGAUCUGAACAUUUCAAUUUGAUUGAAAGAGCGACAGAAAUUAUCAUCUUCAA